AUGUGGAAGAAACGCUGCAAGUCAACGCCAGGGACGGCCUGUCACCUCCGGGGUCAGACACGAACUGCUCUGGUUGGUGCUGACAGCCCCCUCCUCACGCCUCACUCCCCACCCCAUCCUCUUCCGCCCAGUGCCCUCGCCACCCGGCUGCUCCACCAGCAAGACCCUCCAUCUCUGGGCUCCGGCCAUUGGGCGACCACCGCCGCAGCUGGACCUCUCUGCUCUGCCCUCCCAGCUAACCUACGGAAGCUUCCCUAUUUCCCACAAUUCCAGCGCCUCCUUCUGGGGCUUAUGUCCAAAGCUGCUCUGAACGGGUCUGAUUUGCAGGUCGUUGGCGCAGAGCGAUGGCGUCGCCGUGACGUCACCGUCGCGCGCAGCCCGGACACCGGCUGGGAGCGCGCCGGCCGCCGCCGCGGCCACUGGUGGGGGCGGGUAUCCUGGCCUCGGGUGGGUUGGGAGGGCGCGCGCCGUCUGCGCGGCGGGGCCCUGCCCGGCCACCGACGGAGGCCCGGCGCCGCACCCCCGAGGGAGGGCUUAGCCGGCCUCGUUCUGUUCUUAUGCGACCCUCACAACCACCCUGGGAGGGUCACCAUGAUGACAUCCAAGCCAAAGAGAAUUAAGUUUUCUGAAGAAGAGAAGAUUGUGAUCCUGGAAGAGUUCAGCCUGCGCAAGGACAUCCUCAUCCCCAAGACCGGCCGCUACCGCAACACGUCGGACCGGCAGCAAGCCUGGGAGGAGAUCACGAUGGCCGUGAACUCGCUGAACCCCCUCGUCCAGCGCACGCCCGAAGAGGUCCGCAAGAAGUGGAAGAACAUGAUCCUGGACGCCCGCAAGGAGCUGGCCACCGCCAAGCACCCCCUGCUGCGGCGGCGCCCCCAGGAGCGCCUCUUCCAUAACAUCUUUGCCCUGUUCAACAAGACGGGCUCCGAGCUCCCCGAGCCGCUGUACGCGACGGGCCCCGGCUUUCGGACUAAAGGUCCCCCCAGCCCCUCCGAGCCCGCCUGCAAGGUGGAAGGCUUUCUGGACCCCGGCCUGGUGCUCCGGCCCCAGGGCGUCGCCGUGGAGCCCGGCCAGGAGAGGGAGGGUCUCUGUCAGAUUGAGGUGAGCAGGAAACUGGACUCUUGGCCCGAGGUCUCGGGGAAGAGCCUCCUCCCAUCCCCCGUGGACGUUCAGGCCCGAUUCAAGGAGGACGCUCUGACCGAAGAUGCCUCCGACUACAGUGAGAAGAGGCUGCUUGACCCACUGAAGGACUUGCCCCUGCACUGUGAGCCCGUGGCCCAGGUGCACCCCGCCGCGGCCGGCGGGGCCGUCUCGCCCGAGGGUCCGCCCGGGGACCUGCCCCACCUCUGCACGCUGCCGGUCCCGGCGAGCCCGUCCCCGGACCCGGCUCUGACUUAUAAGAUUAAAUGCCCCGUCAGCCCCUUGCUAGACUGGCCCUGCUUGGCAGUGAGCGCCAGCCCCGUCACGCCCAGUGGCCGCUUGGACCCUCUGAGCACGGAAGGAAUCCACACCGCCAUGACCGACAACGUGAGCGCCUCGGUGGUGACCGCGGAGGAGGACUUGCUGCCCGGCCCCCGGCCCGGCGAGGAGGGGCUGCCAGAGAAGGAUUCUGGGGAAGUGGCCAAGCAGAGUCGCCUCCAGACGGAGAUACUGGAGCUGCAAAAGGAAACGCUGCAACUGCAGAAAGAGAAGAUUCUCCUGGAAAAGGAGAAACUGGUCCUGGAGAUCGUCAAGCUGCGGCGGGAGCUGGGCACCUGAGCUGCCCGCGGCCCACAGCCUGAACUGCUGGGGGGAGAUCCCAGAGCUUCCCGGCUGCCCACGCCCAGGGGUCUUUUCCUCCACGGCGCCUGGCUGGGCCCACCCCAGGCCAAGCCGCCUCCUCUUGCUCCUCUGAUGUCACUCAGCAGUUGUGCCCUGACUCGGGGGGCGGGGGGCUGGGGGCUGGCUCCCUGUGGCCUGCCCCUGGAAAGGAGCCCUGAGGAUCCCUUUUGAGUUGGGCCGGGAAGGGGGUAAGAGGCUCCCAGCCCAGACUUUGCCCCUUGGGGCUCUGCCUGGGCAGGGUGGGGUCAGGGACCUGAAGCGAGAGGUCCUGGGGGUGGGGAGGAGGGCGGAGACCCAGGCUUCCAGCCAGCACUCUGUCGUCCCCCCCCAAUUUCGGGACAGGCCCCUCCACUGGUCAAAGGUCAAAUCAACAAGGAUCGAUUUCUCAGGCCCCAUCCAAGGGGACUGUCUGGGAUCCCUGUGCCAGAAACCUUUGCCUGUGGGCUCUCUCUGUUCUCUGCCGUCAGAGGAGUAAAAGCACCCGGGUUUCCUUCUCGUUG